AUGCUCUCUCUCAUGCACGUAAUACUAGGCCCAUUCUCGUUCGAGCACCGAGAGACGGCUCCUACCUGGAGCGUCGGAUGGCUACCGACUUCACCGACAAUGGCGGAACAACACAACGAUGAUGCUUUUUCCAGGCCUCGAGAGAUGUUGCUUGGCGAUCACGCCCACACCGACCAGCAGAAAAAGAAGCUCUUUGUCGGUAUGGCACCCAAGUCUGCGUACGAAGAAGACUACAGGGCUGUGUUCGAGCCUUUCGGCACACCGAUCGACAUCUACGUUAUCAGGGACAGGAACGGUUUCAGCAAGGGCUGUGCGUUUGUCAGGUACGAGUCGGUUAGGAGCGCGAGCGAUGCCAUCGAGGCUCUUCACGACAAAUACAUCAUGCCUGGAGGCUUUCGCACGCUCGUGGUGACUGUGGCAGACGAUCGCCGCGGUCCACAGACCUCUGCGGUUGGCACUACCACUACGCGCCGCGAUGCUGUUGGCUCUGGAGACGUCCUUCUACGCUCUCUGUCUCGACCUUCGUCCUUCAUGGGAAGCGACAGCAGCGUUGGAGGCAGCAUCCCUAGCUUUGGGAACCUCGUGGGACAAAACAGGUCUACAGUAGCGGCGCCGCAGGCAGGAGCGACAGCCGUCGCGCCCACCAUCGCUCCGGGCAGUCGUCCUUCCUCUGGUCUGCUCUCGGGCAUGCCGUACUUUCUCUGCGGAGGAAACCCUCCGCAGGGGACGUACGUCUACUACCCGUACGUGCCAUCGUCGUCUGUCCAGCAUGACACUGGUCUCUCUGUUGCCCCUGUCGGAAUAGGGGCCAAACCCCACCACGCGUUUUCCGUCGGUUCUCCUGCUGUGGGAAACAACGAUCGGUGCGAGCUGGGUGCUCGCGGAGCACAGGAGGACGGGUACACCGGGGAUCGGACAGUCCGUAAGUUUGGCACCGGUGGCCCCGAAGAGAGGGGCCGGCGCUGGGCGAAGCAGUCCGUCGGCCCCACGGGGGCAAACUUGUUCGUGUACUACCUUCCGGGCUCUCUCACUGACGCCGAUCUCGCGACAGCCUUCGCUCCGUUCGGGGAGGUUCUGAGCGCGAAGGUUUACUACGACAGAGACACCGGAGAGAGCAAGGGGUUUGGGUUCGUGAGCUACUCCAAGCCGGACGAAGCGGAAGCCGCAAUCUCGAGCAUGAAUGGCUUCUUCAUCGGACAAAAGCGUCUAAAGGUUGUCCGGAAACGCGGGCAGCAGACGGACCGCUGCCUCGACAGCAGCAGCAGCAGCAGCAGCAGCAACAGCAAUAACAAUAACAACAACAACAGCAGCGGUCGGCCCCGUGACCCUGGCUACGCUGCCAGCGAUGGCUCAUGCGGAUUGGCUCGACCCGACCGCGGGGCCAGCGGAAUCGCCGGAAGUAACGUCGUGGUCGGUAGCGGGGUGAACAACGGCAAUGGAGACGGCACCAGCCACCGCAGUAUCUUCGGCUCUGGGUCACAGGCAGACCUCGACUUCACGCCCGAGGGCCUGCUUGGACCGUCGAUGACGAGGCGAGGACAAGACUCGAAUUGGCGCACGCGCGACUUCCGCAUGCCACCUCUUACUGAUGUAACAUUCCAUUGUGUGUGCCGGUCGGUGCGGUCGUUCCAAAGCCCGGACGAACCCGUUUCCGGCUACGUAGAACGUGCGACGUUGGGGUACCGGAUUGUGAUGUAA